AUAAACAAAAACAAAAACAAACAAAUAAACAAGCAACUUCAAAACAAGGAACGUUAACUCACCCCAUUUUCUUCCCUGCAGAUAACCUUAUAGACAAAGACGUGCUGAACUUCCUCGUCGCGAGUCUGAAGGGGCCUCUGGUGGUGACUGAUUCAUUCCGAAGCAACGAGACGCUUCAGAAACAGCUUCGAAAUUCUUACGACGCGUUCGUUGCCGGUUUUGACGAUGACUUCAUGAAAAUGCUUUCGAGUUUGUCUUACACCUGCGAGGAUCUGAUUCUCGGCUGCUUCAACGUCAAAACCUUCUUGAACGGCCAAGAAUGUUGCAGCAGCUUCCUCACGCCCACCGUCACGCCCACCGGCAUCUGCUUUUGGGGAAACUUCACGCCCACGUUCGACCAGACGAUGGAGACAGCGCAGAUGGGUUUGUCGCUUCUGCUCCACUCACCGAAGGCGACGGAAACCUUCGACCUGACCUUCGUGCAGGACGACUUCUUCCUGACCUCGCCUGGCCUGACCCUGUCCCUCCUGUCGAACGUGACCCAGCCCAGCCUCCACAUCAGCGAGGAACAGACAAUCUCCGCCCCUGUUUGAUCGACGACAUGAUAGCAAUUCCGGCAAAAUCGAGCGGGCCACCCGCCUCCUGCCCCGAGAUCUGCCACGCCGAGGAAUUCCGCAGCCGCGUGGUGGCCGCGCCCCUGAAGGCCGGUUUCUCGUCGUGGCCUUCUGCAGGCAGGUCCCGCGGCCUCCUCAGCCAGGCGGCGUCGUGGAGGGGGAGCUCAGGUAGCAGGGAGAUCGAUAACGUGACAGUAUCCCUGGCGACCGUCUAUUAUCCAUCGUUAACCUACAGGGAGAUUAUCCAGUCUAAACCCAACUUUGAAAUGUGGUUCAGCAGCAUCGGCGGGCACAUCGGUAUCUGUCUGGGGGCUUCUGUCAUCUCAGCCAUUGAAAUCCUUUGCUUCGUCAUCACCGUCUUGUUCUUGGUCUUCAAGAAAGUUCUCAAGAUGCUCUGCUCUUGUUAAUGUUUUUUUUCCAUAAGGAGGAAGGUUUUUGUGUCGUUUUUUGAAAUGCG